CAUAAAUGAUGAAAAUUUCCCUUGAAGCCUGAGAAGCCCUGGUCCUGGAGGUGCCCACAGACUCUGAACUGUAACGUACGGAAGAGCAUGACCGAGCUGUCCACUUUCGUCUGAACUCUGAAGACCACUAUGUCCCCCACAACGCCCAGGAUGGACCUGCACCAAAGCACCGCCAUCGGCCUCCUGGAGGGAUGGUGCUCCGCAGCGACGCUGCCUGGCGGCAGGAGACAGCGUGCCGUGAGGAAAAGACUGAAGUUAAUUCGAAUCUUAGGCCUCUUCCUGGGCCUCGUGGCCGUGAGCGCUGUCCCGUUCCCAGUCAGCGCCUUUUCUGAGACAGACACGCAGAGCGCAGGAGAGGCCGGGGUGGGCAGUGGCCCCGGUGCAGCGCACAGUUUCCCUCAGAGGACACUCUUAGACUUAAAGGACAAGACUUGGGAUUACACUUCGCAGCCACCCCUUUCUCAGGAAGGCAAAUCUGAGAACAGUACAGAUCACGCCCAAGGAGACUACCCUAAAGAUAUCUUUUCCCUUGAGGAGCGAAGAAGAGGCGCCAUUAUUCUCCAUGUCAUAGGAAUGAUCUACAUGUUCAUAGCCUUAGCCAUCGUGUGUGAUGAGUUCUUCGUUCCUUCUCUGACCGUCAUCACUGAAAAACUCGGCAUCUCCGACGACGUGGCUGGAGCGACCUUCAUGGCUGCGGGGGGCUCAGCCCCAGAGCUGUUCACGUCCCUCAUAGGGGUGUUCAUUGCUCACAGCAACGUGGGCAUAGGCACAAUCGUGGGUUCCGCAGUGUUCAACAUCCUUUUCGUGAUUGGCAUGUGUGCUCUGUUUUCCAGAGAGAUCUUAAACCUGACGUGGUGGCCACUCUUUCGGGAUGUGUCCUUCUACAUCGUUGACUUGAUCAUGCUGAUUAUAUUUUUCCUGGAUAAUGUUAUCAUGUGGUGGGAAAGCAUGCUUCUCCUAACAGCCUACGUUGGCUAUGUGAUUUUCAUGAAAUUCAACGUUCAGGUAGAAAGGUGGGCGAAGCAGGUGAUAAGUCGCAACAAAGCCGUCAAGGUGGCAGCACCCGAAGUUCAACCAAAGUCUUCUACAGCCGGAGACAAGGAUGAACCAGCUCUGCCGGCUAAGCCGCGCCUCCAGAGGGGCGGAAGUUCUGCCUCCCUGCACAACAGUCUCAUGAGGAACAGCAUCUUCCAGCUUAUGAUCCACACUCUGGACCCGCUUGCUGAAGAACUUGGAUCAUAUGGAAAGCUAAAAUAUUAUGACACAAUGACUGAAGAAGGGAGGUUCAGAGAAAAGGCUUCAAUUCUACACAAGAUCGCCAAGAAGAAAUGCCAAGUGGACGAGAACGAGCGGCAGAACGGCGCUGCCAAUCAUGUCGAAAAAAUCGAACUCCCGAACAGCACGAGCACAGAAGUUGAAAUGACACCGUCCAGCGAGGCUUCGGAACCUGUACAGAAUGGAAAUCUUUCCCACAGCAUUGAAGCAGCAGAGACCCAGCAGGCCACAGAGACAGCUGAGGAGGACGACGACCAGCCCCUCAGCCUGGCUUGGCCUUCCAACACCCGCAAGCAGGUCACAUUCCUGAUCGUCCUCCCCAUAGUGUUUCCUCUCUGGAUCACCUUACCUGAUGUUCGCAAGCCUUCAUCGAGGAAGUUUUUUCCGAUCACGUUCUUUGGUUCCAUCACUUGGAUUGCAGUAUUCUCUUACCUGAUGGUCUGGUGGGCACACCAGGUUGGCGAGACCAUUGGCAUCAGUGAAGAGAUCAUGGGUCUGACCAUCCUGGCUGCCGGGACCUCCAUCCCUGACCUUAUUACCAGUGUCAUAGUAGCCCGGAAGGGGUUGGGGGACAUGGCCGUGUCCAGCUCUGUUGGAAGCAACAUUUUCGACAUCACUGUAGGGCUGCCGCUGCCCUGGCUCCUGUACACCGUCAUCCACAGGCUCCAGCCCGUGGCUGUCAGCAGCAAUGGCCUCUUCUGCGCCAUCGUCCUCCUGUUCAUCAUGCUGCUCUUCGUCAUCCUCUCCAUCGCCCUCUGCAAAUGGCGGAUGAACAAAGUGCUGGGCUUCAUCAUGUUCGGCCUGUACUUUGUGUUCCUGGUGGUCAGCGUCCUCCUCGAAGACAGAAUUCUCGUGUGCCCCGUCUCCAUCUAGCAGAGAAGCCCUGUCUUGAACCAACAGCAUGGACGGCCCCUCCCUCUCCAGGCGCUGGGCUCUUUGACCGCUUGAGGAGAAGCAGCUGGCACAGAGCCCUGGGUGCCAGGCACCCCUCUCGGGUGGACUGGAGGAGGGACGGACUCACCCCGCCUGCUGAAAUGACUCUGUGCAAGACACACAGGGAACCACCAGUCGGGGGCUUCUCCCACUCACCACUGACAGGUACUCCUCGCUGGUCGGAGGUACAUCCAUUGCAGUGAUGCGAACAAGGUCCGAGUCUACAGACACACAUAAGAUAUACAUGGUAUACAUAGACACACGUGAGCACACAAGUCCUGCCUGCUCCUGUACUAUGCCUCUCCUUCCAUCCCUAUAGAUUAAUAUAUAACUGUACACAAAGAAAGAGAACUAUAUAUAAAAUUAUAUAUAUAUAUAUAAGUACAAAUGCAUCUUUUCAGGGAUAGCUCUAGUAUAUUUAUAGUACCUAUUUGACAAGGGGCAUCAACCUUCAGUCUGGGCUUUACCUCAUAAUUGGAAGAGGUGAAAUCACGAUAUCAACAAAUAGAGGUGGCACUGCUAUGACCUUUGGCCUACCUUGGACUUUACUGGGAUCCUGCCUAGUAAGGUGGGUGGUUUAGGGAAAUAGUUUGCGGGGAGGAGGGCUUAGUAGAGAGACUAUAGGGACCCUGAGUUGAGCCCUCCAAAAUGUUCCCACAAGCCAAACAGGGAAGACUAUCUGCCCCCACGCACACACUGGGGUGCGCUGACUCGACCCCCUCACCAGUAUUUAGGACAGACAGAGGUAAAACCCAGACUGGAUUGAUAUUAGUUUGGGGAGGUGGCGAUGAGGAUUGGGUUGUUUUGGUUUUUUUCAUAUAUUGCCCCAGCAUGCAAGCAGAAAAUAUGACUGCAAACCAAAUUAGUGCUUUUCUAGGACAGCAAAAUUAUAUAAACUGGACCUAUAUUGUUCCAACACAUAUCCCAUUGUCAUCAAAAGGAGGGCGGUUUUAGCUGGGACAUCCUUUAGGUGUGUUUUGAAGCUAAGGGCUCACGUUUAGCCCAGCGCCUGCCAGAAGAGCCUAGAGGUGUGAGACGAACACCAUCCAGGUGAGGUGCUCAGCCAGACCUACAGGGAAUGUGGGAGCAGCUCCAUAAAGCAUUUUCCAGUGUGGUCAUCAAGGGCUUCCGUGUCUAAGAAUCAUUAUCCCCAAUAGAUCUAAAUUAGCUGUAAUCCGUACUGCUUGGAUGGAGACCGUUUAGAGAUGUCUGCAAAGACAGUCCUUGGUGCACCCGAAGGUUUCUGAGUCCUGCUGAAGGAUUUGGUUAGAGCCCAAGCAACACCUGUGUCUCUCCUCCCGUGAGAAGCCUAGCUGGGACACGCUGUGCUUUUAGAGUCCCCUAAAGACUGUAUUCCAUAGCUUCAUUGUACUGGUUUCAAGCCAACUACCCCAAAGUUUUGAUUUCUUAAUUUUGCUCGGCUUUACAUGGGACCUUCUCAUUCAGUGCCCUCAAGUUCUAUUUGACACUUUGCAUUAUUUCUCAGGUCUACUUCAGUGGAAAAUAAAACUGGAAGGGCAUGGGGGGAACAAACUAAAUUGAUGAAAUAAUAUGUAAAACCUUUCAUUUCUCCCAAAUGAACAGAGGAUGACCCACGGCUGCACACCCACCCGCAUCUAAGUGGGCACCUACCACACACACACGUGUGGGGGCUUCACCAGUGUGUCCACGCCUCCAGUCAGCUCUGCCUGCUCUGAUUGUGUGACGAGCAC